AUGACUUACUUAAAGGAAAAUCUUGGGCGAACAUUGGAAUGGCUUACGGAGAAAACUCCAAGCCAGGAGAAGACACAGAAACCAUAUCACAUAUCUGUCCUGGUGCAGCGUUUCAGUGAUCAAGCCGCAUUUCUACCACAACAGCCGCAUCAGCAGCAGUACGAUCAGAAUCAUUCUCAACAGUCGAAGACGUAUCGCAAGAAUUAUCAGAACUCCGGCAAGCAGCAGCAGCAUCAAAAUCCUCCUCAAGAGCAGCGUCAGCAUUCUCAACAGCCGUACUAUGAUCAGACAGAACAAAAUCCUGCCAAAAUGAUGCACUGUAAACAGCAGACGAAAUACCAGAAUGCCCCUACGAAGGACUAUCCUCCACAGAAGCCGUCUGAAGAACAGUAA